CCACAACCACCACCAUAGGACAGCUCGACGCGUCCCGCACCCCUAGUUCUCCCAUAAAGUAAUAAGGCGAAUUUACUUCACCGCCAGGAUGGUGCGGAAACUCAAGCACCAUGAGCAAAAGCUGCUCAAGAAGGUCGACUUCAACACCUAUAAAUCCGAUGCCGACCACCGCGAAGCCUCAGUAAUGCGCCGCUAUGCCAUUCAAGGCCGCGACGACUACCGCAAGUACAAUCAACUGUGCGGUUCUUUGCGCCAACUCGCGCACCGUCUCGCGAACCUCGACCCCUCAGACCCCUUCCGCCGGAAGCACGAAGACCUCCUGCUAGAGAAAAUGUUCGAUAUGGGGAUAUUGGGUACAGGCGGUGGAGGCAGGGGCAAGCUGAGCGAUGUCGAGCACAAGCUUACUGUGAGCGCGUUUGCGAGGCGGAGACUACCAGUCGUGAUGACAAGAUUGAGGAUGGCGGAUCAUAUCCAAGGCGCAAUCAAAAUGAUUGAGCAAGGGCAUGUGAGGGUCGGGACGGAUGUUGUUACGGAUCCGGCGUAUCUUGUGACGAGGAACAUGGAGGACUUUGUGACUUGGGUGGAUUCUUCCAAGAUCAAGAGGAAUAUCAUGAAGUACCGUGACAAGCUGGACGAUUUUGAACUCGAAGCUAUCUAGGCCGG